UCCGGCUUCAGUUUGCACCGAAGCCCGACCGCGUACGGACACACGCUGCACGCGUUGCGCGCUUUGCGUUUCAUCCACAACGUUUUUCGUGGCGAGUCACAAGACGACGACAACGGUUACGUGGUUAUUUGGGAGUGUGUCCAGCGAUGUUCCUAAUGGUAGCUACUUCCAUUUGCCGUCCCAUUCCCUAACACAAGCGGUUAUUCUGUAGAAAGACAGCACUCGGGUGUAAGGUCAAGUGGCGGAAAAGUGAAGUUGAAGUUACCCAUCGAACAUCACCACCAGAACUCCACUAGGUCGUGGACGUCGAAGUACUAGGAGUGUGCUGAUGUGCUGAUUAUGGUUUAAUGUAGUGAUACGGCUCGAGUGAUACUUAGCAGAGACUUCUCGGCGAAUACGAAAAACCUUUAAGCCGUGUGUCUGUGUCAAUGUGAAUGUGUGUCUUUUUUUGUGUAGAAAAAUGAGCAACCGGAGCAGGAUUGUAGUAGCAUCUAGUGGUACGCACUAGUGCUAGUGUGCGUGUAGGAUAGUAUUACCGAGAAAUUGAGUGUGUGUGUGUGUGCUUAGUGCUCGCUGCUUAACCUUUUGCGCCCUGCUGAAACGACAAACCCUACCAUUCCCCGUCGGGCGGUCAAGUGGCGUUACAGAAACACAUACACACACGCUGAGGUACACAUGAGCAGCUUUGCCGCGUUAGGCCGCACGAUGCGCCUAAAUGGUAGGCUAACCGCAGCCGUCCUAUUACUGCAGGCGUUAACGCUUGCCAGAUGUCUGCAGCUGACGGAAAUUACUGUGCCGGAUGUGGUGGAUGUCCGGGAGACAGUUACACUCUCCUGCAGUUACGACAUGGGCACGCAUAAGCUGAACUCCGUCAAAUGGUACAAAGACGAACGAGAGUUCUUCAGGUACUCACCGCUAAUGCCGAAGAGCUUGAUGCUGUUCGAUGUGGAGGGCGUGACGGUGCUGCAGAACUCGACUGGCCAGAUCUGCAACCAGUUCAUGUGUAGCAUUCAGCUGCACCGGCUCAACAUACGGUCGAGUGGAUCGUACCGGUGCGAAAUAUCUGGCGACGCGCCAGAGUUCAAGCUGGCGCACGGUGUCGGCAACAUGACGGUGGCCGUCUAUCCGCAGUUUGAUCCCAUCAUCAACGGGUUACAGCACAACGGGGUGCAGCACAACUACGCGCUCGGCGACUUUGUCGUCGCGAACUGCUCGUCGGAUAUGUCAAGCCCACCGGCCCGGCUCUACUGGUACAUCAACGAUCGCAAUGUUCCGUCAGAUUACCUGCAGCCGCAGCACGAGUCGACGGUCGAGAAUGAUGGAUUCCAGCUGCGCCAGCGGACGCUCGAGAUCCGGUUCUACAUCGACGAGAAGCGGCUCGGCAAGCUGAAGGGCAAGCUGGUGCUCAAGUGUCUCGCCCGAAUCGACGCCAUUCCGCAGGCGACGCGCGAAUCGACGCAGAUCAUUUACAUCCCGACGACGGACGAGCUGCGCAACCAGAAGCUGAUCAACUGGCGUGGCUCGAACGCUUCCUCGUUACAGUACGCUACGCUCGCCCGGUUGUCUGUACUCUUCACCGUCACGCUUGGUAGUUUCAGGUGGUUCGUGUAAUUACAAACAUGCGUAUAUGAAGUAAAUCACAUCACACACACAUCACAUUCCGUUCGUUGCUGGAGAGAAGCAGAAGAAUCAGCAGAAGCAUCAGCAGCAGCAGCAGCAGCAGCAAAGUAAGUACAUCCAGUAUACAAACUAGCGCAUGCAAGUUGUAGUUGAAGAACUAUAAGUAGAAAAAAAAAAACAGAAAAGUUCAGCUGGGCGCGUAUCACGAGCAAAAUAGCAAUGCAAGCAAGCAGUCGAAAAUUGUGUGGAUAAACCAUGAUUCACGCAAACACGCAUGAGAAGAAGUAAAAAGAAAGUAAAUCAAAAUUGAGAUUUCUUAUCCUUGUUAGUACCGUACCAGUUUAUGCUCGGUUGUUGAGUGAUCUCGUUGAGUUUCGGACUAAGUUGCGCCAACACUUUUACCAAUUUACCCUGUUGCAUUUAACGCGAACGUUUACGCAUACUAUUAAGAAUAAGGAUUGGAGAACAAUGUAAAACAAGCAUGGAAGAUGGCAAACAAUACGAGAAAAAUUAAGUAAACAAAGAAAAUAAGAAAAAAAAGUAACCAACACGGAUCGCUAAACGCAUCAAAAUGAUGACCAGUAGCAGGAGAAAGUAGGUGACAGAGUUGAGAAAAUGAACACAACAUUGUCAAAUUGAAGGGAAAAAGCAGUAAAAUGUAAAUAAUUAAUCACUUGGCCCACAUCAGAGCAAGGACUGGCAUGCUUAGAGAACGAGGAGAGACAGUGGAAAUAAUGCAAAAUGAAAAAAUGGUAUCCUGGUGCGCUCGAAGUCUCAAAAUAAUGACAACCAAAUUGAAAUCGGUUUGGUUGACGCGACUUGGAAACAAUAACAUGUUGCUGUUUGAAAAUGGCACUCAGUGUGGAAAAAAUAUGAAAAAGAAGCAACCGCAUCCUAUCGCCUGUCGCCUGAGUGUAAAAAUAGCAAACACAAAGAAAAGGAAAACAGGCGAUUUCCAAGCAGCGUUUUAGAGAGCCCUAACGAGCGUACGGGGAAAUCCUGCAGCAAUGGUGGCAGUUGAAAAACUAAAUGCUAGAACAAAACUGAUCAAAUAUACGAUGCCGGAGUUAGAUAGUUUCAUAGGAUAUUUUUCUACAGUUUAGUUAAUGACAAAUGUUGAUGGGUUUUGUUACGGCGAACGUGUUGAUUUGUGGCUCGCGCGUAUGUGUGUGUGUGAGAGUAUGUGCGCUUGGUGAAACAAAAACAAACAACUCAGAAUAAAAAAAAAACAGAAAGUGCUGCUGAGUUGAAUGCAGCACAAGCCAAAAUCAGAAUACUUGGAGCUAUAUGCAUGCGUGUGUGUGUGUGUGUGUGUUUGUGUGUGCGUGUGUUACCAUCAUAGCCCGAUGUGGUGCAGUUGGUAGAUCUGGUGCAGUAGAUGUGUUGAUCCAGGAAUGGUGGAAAACAACAACAACAAAAACACGCUUUCAAGUUUAGAAGUUUCUAACACAAAAAAGUGCUAACACAAAGCAUGUUGAUUUCUCGCGCUCAAUCUCUCACUUCCUGGCCUGCCUGUGCCCCUUGUCAGUGCCCCCUGCCUUCCUUUGGGAGUUGGAACAGGGAUUGUAGAUUACUUGGCGAGUGUACGACGCGUGAAAUAUGGGCCCCUUUCGGCCAUGAUGGAUGAAUAAUGUCCAGGAUCUUGCCCACCCUCGCCACGUGUGGAGUGGUUUUAUUUUGUGAUGCAGCUCAACAUCAGCGCAAAAUAUGCCAGGGAAGAAAGUACCUGCGAAAGAGAGAGUAAAGAGAGAGAGAAAGAGGGGGAGUAAAGAGAGAGAGAAAGAGGGGGAGUAAGAGAGAGAGAGAGAGAGAGAGAAGAAGAAGAAAACGGAAAAACGCACUAUUACGCACUCCUUCUUUUUCUGUGUGAGUGUGGCUUAGCUAGUCGGGAUGAUGGAAUCACUCUUGCCCAUUUCUAUAUAGAUCGUUGCUGCUUCAUACUGACGCUAAAUGAUCUAUUGCUUUGCAGUUAACUUUUUUCGGAUCGAGCGGACAGCCGUGUUAGGGCGAGUUGCAUUCCGUACUUCCUUGCAAAUGGUUCCAAAUGCAGAGAGGCAGAGAAAGAGUGAGAGAGAAAGCGAGAGAAAUGCCGUUCGUGUAUGCGCGCGUGAGAAAGAUAGAGACAGCUGUGCGAAGCUCGACCGUACUUCAAUGAUUUCAACCCGCCAUCGCUCUUUUUGAGGCAAGUGCGGAAGCGCGUUGUUGCGAGUACCCAGUACCUUUAGCGACCUUUUCCGGCUGCGUAUCUGUACGUCGGAGUGUAUUUAUGUGUGUGUGUGUUUGUAAAAAAGAUCGAUCAACAGCAGUGGCAGCAGUUACGCAAGCGGCCGGAGGGCUUGUUCGGUGGGUUGCUGAACAUUUUCGAGCACGAAACAGCACGAAAUGUCACUGGCAGAGAAUCCCCCAAACGGUUUCCAGAGCUUGUCGGCAGCUGUCAACGUGUCAAAGCGUUUUCGUCCGUUCAGUUUAAAGGACGGAUAGGCGAAAGGCAACAGCAGCAGCAGCAGCAGCAGCAGUGUCAGCUUAAAAUGAGUUUUGAGGUCUGCUGCUCCGCUGGCUCGGUCUGAUUGUUGAGUGGGGGGAGGGGACACAUUGUGCCGUCUCUAAUGGUUCGUCCGUUGCUGGGAAAAACCGUUGUCCCGUCCCAAUCGCUUUGACAAGUGGAAACCCGGAAACUGGUCGUCGCCUCCUAGGCGCCAUUUUUGAGUAGUAAUGAAGUAGUGCGGGGGUUGUAUGAAAGUAGUGAGCUAUAUGCACGCAACCAUAGUUUCGAGACGCCUUCCAAGCGGACUCUAUUGCUAACCGUAACACGCACAAUCACGCACACAGAGACACCAAGAGACUAAUGAUCGUCUUCAAGAUGGCCGGCCUGGUGGUGCAAGCGCUGUGAGCAUGACUGACGGCGUCCCUCAGCAACAUAACUGGCUAUCGUAUGUGAUACGAUAAUUGUCUGCCUAUCCGAUUUGAUAGCCAUGUUAUACAGAGGACUUAAAAAGCACACUCCAAGUGUUUUUGGGGAACCACUAAACAGAGAAAACAAAUCAAAAGUUCCACAUUACCAAGCGCCAUUACAUAACUCGCGUGCACUGGUUAGCACGUUCGCAAAUGCUCCAUUUAGGAAACCGAAACCGGCAGCGGGUUGAACCAACCGGCGGGAACUACCUGGUGGUGGUACAGGUAGUGGGAAUACGAGGCCUUAUAAUUUGUAUAUUUAGUACAUGUGGCAUAUGGAAGCACCAAAACAAAACAAAAAAUAACACACACUCCAACACACUUCUAACAUACACACUCUAUGUGGAAUAGGUUACACAACGUGCUAAGGCGAGCCUUCAGAACUAGCAAAACGCUUGCAAGAAUAGCUUUGCAGUUGAAGGCCGCUUGCGUUGGUUUAGUUGUUUGUUUUAACACCUUUUUGUCUUUUGAACAAGUUUUUGCACACAGAUUGAUGUGUGGCAUACGUCAGCAUGUAUAAAUCGAUAGGUGUAAAGGUGUCUGUAACACCGAUUGAAGGUGUAAUACAAAAAAACUUCCACUUUGAAAAUACGUAAAAAGAUGGAAGUCUUAGAGCGGGACAACACCAAAGGAUAAAAAAAGUGGGAAGAAAUUUUGAGAAGAAAAAAAAGCAAAUAUACAAACAACCAAACCACAAAACAUACUACACUCGUUCGUGCAGAAAAAAAAAACAAAAAAAAAAACAAACGUAAGUCAAAUUAACAAACUUUCAUUGCUAAGUAUCUACCGCUGUUUGUAAUUGAAAUGCUACAAUUUAUGUGUAUGUGUGUGUAUGCGUAUGAAUGUGGAGAAGGGAACGAGUGUGAUCAAUAUCGGACCGGCGGAAGGGUUCAUUUGGAGGAUGUUUUCUUAUACCUAAAAUAAGCAAUGCUACCUUAUCAGAUAUUUAUUAACAAAACAAGAGAAAGAGAGCGGGAAAGAAAGCUAAGCGCGCUACUGGCACAAAAAGAAAACGUUACUACAUAAAAGAAUAGGCAUACAAAAUCCUCACAAAAAAAUCAAGACAGAAAGCAAUGAAGAAUAGUUUGCAUAACAGAGAACACAUGUAAACGAAAUAAGAGAUAUAGCCAAAACAGUAACAGAAAAAAGAGCGAAUAAAAAUGAACAAAACAGAAACGGCGAGCAGCAGCAAGCAUUAUAAGAAAAAGGGAAAACAUUAUUGCACAAUAUAUAAUGAAUUUUUUUUUGUAAUAUAGUGUUAUGACGCCACAACACAAAAAUACAUCCCACACAGAAACACACACACACACACACACACACACACACACACACACACACACACACACACACACACACACACACACACACACACACACACACACACACACACACACACACACAGUCUUAUAAAUUCACACGUACAAGAACAUACAGAAAUGACAAAUAUACACUCAAACACAGAAAUUCUCGAAACGAAAAGAAAAUUGUAAACAUAAACAGUGAAAAACAGUCAACGUGUUAUCAUCUACUGAGUAAGCAAGCAGCUGAAUGUAAAUCUUUACGUAUCUUAAAUGAUCAAGGUGAAACAUUAUACAUGAGUACCGAAGACAGAAUGCAGAAGAGGGUGGAAGCAAACGAGUGAGUUAACUGAUGAUUUAUUAUUUGUAUGUUAUGGGAGGAUUUAUUUGUGCGCCACACCCACUGCGUGACUGAAUGAUACUGCGAGUUUGUAGAAUUACGCCUGUUCUCACUUUAUUUCGAAUCGGGUUGCAGUGGAUCGCAAUCCAUGAGCAUGUAUGGUUGUCAGCUGCAUACGGUUGUCGUGGUCAACUACAUUUGGAUCUUUUUCAACGGCGUAUGAAUUGCGUUCAGUUACGUUUGGAUUUAACAGUUGCUCGACAUUUUCCAUUGCAGUCCACCGUUUACUCAAUGAACGCGCCACACAUUUGGCCUUUUGCAUUUAUUUUCUGAUAGGAGAAUAUUUUCUUACUGUUUUGAUUGCGGAACAUGUUAUAAUGUCAUACACAACUAAAAAUGUACGCAAGGAAAAAGGUUUUCGUGUCGUUAAUUCUAUUGUGUAUGAUCUGAAGCUUUAACUUUAAAAUGUACAUGAUGUAUAGGAACAGUGUUUUUAAAAAUCAUAGGAAGCUUUCUUUACCUUUUAUUAAUUCUUAUGUUAUUGACCACAUGUGCCGAACAAAUCUCCACACUCUUUUUCUUUAUGGACUUGGUCGUUAGCUGAUAGUUAAUUCUGUUAAUUGUUAUUAAUACUUACUAGAUUAAUUGUACUGCGCAAUUAGAUAGUCCGUCCUUGGUAAGGGAGGACGGUCUGGUUGGAAAUUAAUUCCAGUGUGUAGAAGUCGACGCAUCUAUCGAAUUCACCACAGGUACACCUUCACAAUCGUCCAUGGCUCAAUGCAUCCAUUAAAUGUUAUUCAUCGUUCAAAUAUGAGGUUUCACUUGCUAAACAUGUUCUCAUUUAGCUUGCUAAACUUGUUCUCAACAACAUGAAAUUGUUACAAAUUGUCUGUUAUGUAGUGAAUAUCGUGGGGAGCGCCGAUCAGUCGUUGAUUAAACGGUUCGCUGCAAUGAAAAAUGAGGAGAUACUGCUAAAUCGCAACGUAGUUGAUAGCGAUUGAGACGUUGUGGACAACGAUCCAUUCUCAUGGAUUGCGAUUUAUAGUAAUCGCAUAAAGCAGGGAAGAAAAGUGAAAACAGGUAUAAUACGUUCAACCGUGCAUAACACAAAUAAACAACAAAUAAGUAGACGCAGCAAAAAACCACACCGACAUUAUUCGCCCGAAAUUGCGCUUAAUGUGAUGAGUAAAUUCAGUUGCUGUGAUGUAUCGUAGGAUCAGCGACAGGGGUUUUUUUCUUUCAGUGGUUGUUGGAGAAGAUAGUGGAGUGCGUAUAUUCGGCAAAAUGGCUACGUGUGCAGGAGUGUGUGUGUGUAAAUGUGUCACACACAACCUUAUGGUACGGAAUGGUCAGGAGAAGUGAAACAAAAGCUAUAUUAUCUGUAAAUGUAAUUAAACAUAUCACUGGUCGCCUCGUCCUAGAGAAAAAGAUCGAAGAUCGGCGUCGUUUAACAAACUAGGAAAAGAGUGGGAAGGAAGGAGAAGGAUAAAUAGGUGGAAAAAGAGAACAUACGCGCUCCAUCAACUUCUCAUCCACACCACGCUGUCAAUUGGUUUGGACAUGUUGUGUUUGCGAUCAUUUUCCGUUUUAGUUUAUUUUGUUUUGUUUGGCAGGCUUUCCCCAUUUCAUGUUUCCACUGUUUCCCACCAUUCAUCAAACUGUUCCGCGAGCAUAUUAAACGUCCACUUUGUUUGUAUGCUUGAUGGAUUUACCAGGCCAUAGUACACUACUCGCACUAUGGUUCAGUUUUGAAGGCAGGUAAAAAUGAAAGCAUGGGAAAAGUGAGGUAAAUUGGAAAAUCAUUUCCGUCACAUGUCCUGUCCCCAAAACGCACUCAUUUUCUGAAACCGCCUUCACGUGCGUUUUUAUUCCUCAUAGUUUAUGCUGCUCCACAUCAAGCACCAUUUCUUCCACUGGACUAUACUCAAACCCUUCAAUCUCUUAACAAUACCUUCCAAUGGGAAUUGGGAUCGAUUUAAAAGCGCGACAGUAUGGCAUGACUGGAAGCGAAAGAUCGUAGCAAUCUCUCUCUUUCUCUCUUUCUUUAUCUUUCUUUCUCUCUCUCUCUCUUUCUAUCGCUUUAUCUCUCUGUACAUCUCUCUGCAUCGCUCUAUACCUCUCUCUAUCUGAGUAACUUUGAAUUAUGGGCACGCCAAUUUUCCCGAUGUGUUUUUCCGAUACGCAUUUCAUAUCCCAACAUGGGUUGGAUGGCUUUUUAGUCCAAGAGAGGCUUUGUAUUUUUUUUCAUUUCUCUUUUGCCCUUUUAUGCUCAUUUAUCUUUUUAUUUAUCAUACCAUUUAGCGUAGUUCCAAUCAGAUGUUUAGUGAGUGAGUUUUAAUUUAAUCAUUCGAUAUUCAAAAUAAAUGUCAGUGUGAUGGUGUACGAUUUUCAGAUGCAUGUUGAACGGGGUUUCCUGUGUUUUUGAUCAACUGAAUCUCACAAUUUUUUUAAGCUAAACAAAACAUCCAAUAAAACUGAUUUCAUGUAAUGUUUGAAAUCGAAGGGAAUGAGGUUAAUUAUUAAACCUGUUUUACUUACGUCACCAAUCUUCCUGUUAUUUUUUUUAAAGUAUUUUAUACUGUUAUCUCCAGAGUGUUCUUUUACAACUUCUUUUGAUUUACUAAAUUUUUCGGUUGUAACUCGUUGCACACCUGCACAUGUUUACAGUUAAUAAGACAAACUAAUUUAGAAUAAAACAGUAAAGGUAUUACACAAAAAAGCUGAAAAGUGGCAUGUUGUGUGCUUGGGAGAAAUAAACGUAAACAGCAGGCCACUAAACUACUGAUGGUAAAGGAGGACACCAACAAAUAAAACGAAAAAGACGAAAAAGCAAAUUUAACGGUUUUAUGAGAAAGUAAAUAGGAACGAGAAAGAAAACGAAAAACAAACAUCAGUAAAAAGACGCACGAAGCAAGUCAAAGAAAGACGCUAAACAUAACCCAAAACAAAACAUUCAAACGCAAAAAAGAACAGAGGAACGCACAUCUCCAAAGGCAGAAAAAUAAAUCAAGAACAAAAAAAUAAAUAAAGCAAAACAACAGUUGCUAAAAGCACAAAUAAAACAUGCACUAAACUUCACCCAAACAUCUACAAGCUACGAUAAAAAAACCAAAAAUUGAAAUUACAAAGAAAAACCAGAAAGCUCGAAUGCGGGAGCGUUACUAAAUAAUAAAUCAUGAUAAUUAAAAAUAAUUGUAAUAAAACAGAUAUAUUUUACAGUGAACACUC